GGAGUCUGGGGGUGCCAGCCAGCUGCUAGGCCUAUUGCAGCGUGCAGCUCAGCUUUCAGACAGCCCAGAAGAUCACCAGUUGCGCCUUGUGGCCACUGGCUUCCUCCUCAACUUGCUCAACUCUUAUGAAACAAUGCAGGACCAGUCAAUGGAGGCAGAGCUGGUGGAAGUCUUGUGUCACUAUCUUGAUAAGUUUGCUGAAGAUGAGGACAUUCCCACCCAUGUCCUGCUAUCCCUACACCUGCAUGGCUGACACAGAGGUUGGAAAGGGACUGGUGGUGUCCAAAGAUGUAACCCCACAGUUGGUACGUGUCCUGAGGAUCAAUGAGUCACCUGAGGUCAUUGAAACAUGCCUGGAGCUGAUCCACCAACAUAGCCGAGACAGAAUGUGUAAGACCCAAGUAGCCAAGGGUGGAGUGUGUGAGGCAGUAGUGGAUGUGGUUAGAAGGCAUCGUGACACCCCAAGCUCAGACCUCUUCCCUCCCAUCAUCAAAACAGCCACAGACCUCAUUGUGUACAUCCUGGUGGGAGAUGACGGCAUGGGCAUUGUGUACAGUGGAGGGUCUGGUCCAGUCUACCAAGAGUUGGUGGAGUGGCUUACUUCUGAACUAGAAGAUCUCCAGAUUGCUGGAGCGUUAGCCAUGGGGAACUUUGCUCGUAGUGAUGCCCACUGCAUUCAAAUGGUGCAGAGUGGUAUAGCAGAGAAACUAUUAAAGGUUCUCUCCAGCCACAACACAGGAGAGGGUGACAUACGCCUCCAGCAUGCACUCCUUUCUGCUCUCCGUAACCUCAGCAUUGCCAAGGAAAACAAACCUGCACUCAUUUCCCAGAGAGCCCUGGAGGUGCUGCUCCCCAUGGUGGCUACUGUUGAGACCUUCCCAGUGGUAUUCAAAUUGCUGGGCACCUUGCGCAUGAUUAUUGAUGGCCAGACUCAGGCAGCACUAAAAGUUGGGGGUGAUGAAGCAGUGGUGGGGCGGCUGGUGGGCUGGUGCAGCACCACUGACCAUCCUGGUGUGCAGGGGGAGGCAAGCCGCCUGCUGGCUUGGAUCAUCAAGAACUGUGAAGGCAAUGUUGAGGUGGUGACAUCACUGGUAACAGCUGGCUGUAUUGCUCCUCUGGUCCUUAUGCUUGGCUCAGAGCAUGCUGUCAUGGUGAGUGAAGCAGCUCUGGCUCUGACCCUGGCCUUCAGCACUGAACCAGGCAGAGAGACUGCUGGAUCCACAAAGCUGAAGGAGGUGGCACCUUUUGUACUGAAGAAUCCCUACCUGCCUCCAGAGAUCCUGUGCAAUGUUCUCUCUAUGUUGGUUGCCCUCCUUCCCCUUGAAUCUGCUGUGGACGCCAUCAAAAGUGAUGACCUACAAGGAGCUGUGACAGCAUUGACACACCAUGCAAAUGAAGAAGUGAAAAAGUUGGCUGGAGUUUUAAAAGAAAAACUAUAAUAAUCUCAUGGUCACAUUGCUGUUCUAGCAAGAUAAAUGCAACCUUGUUAUUAUCAGGAAGCAAGAGGUAACACAUUUUCUAAACAGUUGUGUAGCUUUCUAUAAGCACUAUAACCUAGUUUAUUAUAAUCCUUUCAUUGUUUAUUAACAAUAGUUUAUUGUUAAAAAUGUGAUGCAUUUUUCAUUUUCCUCAAUCUUGUCUUCAGAAACUAAUGAUUGUGAUUACAUCAAGGUGUUAAGAUUCUUUUUAAUAUCAGGACUCAAGUAGUAAACAGUGAAAGGUUUAAAACAAGGUUAUUUCAGCUUUUGGUCUUCUGUUAUAUGUAUCCAUGAAUUUGAGUAGACUUAGUACAUCACUUUAAAUAGCUAUUUGAUUUCAUACAUCAACACAGUACUUUGGUCCCUCUAGAAUGUACAGACACAAAGCACAAUGCAUUACCUAGUUCUUCAUAGUUAUAUCUUCAAAAGCUUAUGUUUUGUACCUAUAAGGUCACACAGCUUUGAUCACUUAUUUCAACAAUGAAUUAUGCAUAUUGUAAAAAGUUAGUUGUUAUGAUGUACAUUGUGUUUUCCUUUGCUGUGCAUCUUAUUGUCAGCCUGGUUUAAGUGAUGAUGAGCUAUCUAUGCUUUCUAGCUGUACUUUGCCUCCAAGUUUAACAUAAAAUUGUUCAUCCUUUUGAUGUGUGGAAGGCAAAGAAGACACCAUGAAUCUACUUAAUAAUUCCCUGGUAGUUUGCACUGCAAGGAUUACUGUGACCAACAUUCUUCGUAGUUAGGGUCACUUAGGCCAGUGGAAGGAGAUAAAAUGAAUGGAAAUGAAGUAGCAGUCACCAGAGUAAUGUGGUUUCCAUGCAUUUUUGCAAGCUUGGGAGGAGACUCACUGGCUUUGUGAUAUAUCUAGUUGAGUGUGUUGACAAUGAGCAGUUUGUUACAUAUGAAAUUUUUAUAUAUUAUGUGUCAGUGACAAAUUAUAUUCCUAAUCAAAAUGCUCAUCAUUCUUAUCUUGUCUAUUUUAAUUAUGUCCCAAGUGCUCCAGUAAAUAUAACAUGUCUCCAUGAUCUACAUGGUGUGCUGUACUGCAAAGUUGUCAUGCAUGCCUGAUUUUGUGCACCGCUGUCCUGAGCUCUGCAGGUGUUGUGAUAUUGUAGCUUUAUUGUGAUGAAGUUGGUGUAGCGUCUAAGGGAUGUCAAGUGAAUGAUGGAACUUUUUAUUUAUCUAUUAUUAUUAUUUUAUUUUAUUAUUAUUACUUUUUUUUUGUUAUUUACUAUUUUUAUUUAUUUAUUUUAUUUAUUUAUUUUGUAUUUAUUGAUUUUUUUUUAUUUAUUUAUUUAUUUUAUUUUUUUAAUGCUUGCUCUGGGUUCUGGGGCUCCAAGUCCUGUAUCAUUGUCUUACAGAGAUUUUAAGCCUAUCUAUCUUCACCCAUCCCCAUCUUGCCUCAUUUUUUUUUAACUUUAUUACAAUUACACUUCUUACUAAGGCACAUGGGAAAUGACUACAAAAAUAUUCAGUUGCUCCAAUCUCCAUUGUAAAUAGGUGCUUGUAAAGCUCCUUGAAAGUCAUUACAGUAAUUACAUAAGAACUUUGUUGCAUCAAUUUGAAAUGUAAAGAUAGCACAGGGUGGAGUGUAGAGUGGCUCUGGCUUAAACUCUCACCCAAGCACACUCAAGUAACUGUUGCAGUUUAUAAAUUACAUAAUUGUAUAAGUUAUGAAACCCAAGGUUUAGAAUAUAAGGAAAUGACAUGCUUAGCAUAUGUUUUGUUCUGAAUGAAAAAUCCAGCUAAUGAGUUGUAAAAGUAGAGGCAGAAGAUGAGCUCCUUUGUUAGUUAAAACUAACUAAACUUUCCUUCAGUGGCAUUGAAUCAACCUAUGCAUAUCCUUACUCCACUCAUAACAUAGCGCCAUGUGGCCCACUUGCCUGACACUUAUUAUCCCCUGUAAAUCUAAUCCAAUCACUAGCAUGGAGAUCUCUGAAGAACAUUGCCAAAGAUGUGUGUAUUUUUAUUUUGUAGAAUACAAUGGGAGUUGAUGAAGUCGGUGAUGUUGCAUCAUUCCUAUGUGUAAACAUCUGUAUGGGAAGGUAGUAAUACUUUCUUGAGUGUCCCAUUCUCUUACCUUCUUGAUGUUGUCUUUGUGGAAUGGAAGGAGUUAUCCAGUGCAUGCUUUAUGUUCUCUCUUAGGUUGUUGCACAUAAAGAAGUACUGCCAUAUGUUUUGAUUAGAUACUUGUAUGUUCUCUAUUUCCUUCUCAUUAGGGACCAUACAUUUUUAAUGGAAUUUGUUAGCAUUGUUCAUAGGCAAGUCUGAGAAGUGAUUUAAGGACACAGUCUCCUAACCCCUCCUUCACUUGUAUAUUCCCUUGAGUGUCUUGAUCUUGCAUUUGUCAUAUUAUUCCUUUGAAUUGUCAUAUAACAAAUCAAGAUACUUUUCAACAUUCAGAGUAACACUUCAAUAAAGAUCAAUGACCCAGUAUGGUAAGAAAAGUCCUGUCAGUUCAUCAGACUCUCACAUUGUCAUCUUGAUUGACUCCUGCUGUAUUUUGUUUGUUAGAAUACAGGAGGUGAAAAAUGUUUUGUGGUAGGUGGCCUCAGAGUAAUUGAAAGCUUUACAUUCAGUUAUUAUUUUAGGGACUAAAUGCAUUAAUGACCAAAAAAAUUACUCCAGUUUACAUGUAUGUUACAUUUACAUUGAGCAUUCAUUAAUUGGGAAGGUCACUUUAAAGCAGUGUGAAAUAGGUACAAGAAAGGGGAGCAAUAUUUUAGUACAGUAUAAUCUCAACUUUGUGCAUUUUUAUCUUUUGUUUAGUAUUACUGCUGAAACAGUAAAGAAAAUAACUUCUGUAAUGAACCUCUUGACAAGAUACUUGGCAUGGGUUAUAAUACAGUAUAUCUGUAUUUGUUUUAGCAUUGCAUUUCACUGAUUGGUUCAUGAAAUUAUAACAAAUUUUUUCAAGACCUCAGGCAAGCAUUUAGUGAAAGUUGUACCAAUCUGCCUUACAACUUCGGAUAUUGGAUUGUGGUUUUAUAAAAUUCAGAAAGUAAUGCCUGAGUGAUUCCACUGAAAAAUUAUUCCAUAAAUGCAUUUGGAUAUUAAUAAUGGGAAGAAGUGAGUGCUUGUUUUCUAUUAUGUUUUAUUGGGAUUAUCUGUAUAUUAACUUUUAAAAUCUUUUAUUACUGUGUAUUUUAUUUGUAUAUUGGUAUGCAUUGUAUGUGUUGCAUUUUAUUAUUGUUAUUUAAUAACAUAAUUAACUGUCACUUAUGAAUCAGCAGCCAGUCAUAACCACUGUAUCAAGAUCUUGACGUAGUGAAAGAAUAAUGACAGCAAAACGUUCCUGAGUUAGGUUGUGAUAUUUACUAACUGGCUGUCAAUUGUUUGGCUAAACAUGGCAGAUAAACCCUUCCUCUCUCUUUAUGCAUGUGCAGUAAUUAGUUGGUUCAAACACAGCUGGGUAAUGGUGAUGAUCUUUGACCAUUAGAGUGGUAGGAGGCUGCUCACUAUACAGCCAGCUGAAAGAAUACCUCCACUCUUUUCUUUGUGUUCAUAAAAGACAACUAAAAUUGAUAUAGCAAAGGGACUAGAAACCCUCUCAUCUGUAUUCUACUUAUAACAAGACAGAGCAUAAUGUAGGUACCUUGUUACAGCUGCCUCUCCUUAAGGAAUAAGUUAGCAGGUGUGUAAAUAUAUAGUAUUAUGUUGAUGAUAAAGACCUUAGUGGUUAUAAUUUCACAUUUAGGAUUUUUCCAUCCUAUUUAUACUGAAUAACAUCAGAGAAAACUUGAUCAAAAUCAUACACUUUUGUGAAAGCUAAAGAUAACAGUUAAAUAGUGCUGUAUGACAUACUUAAAAGUACUGCAGCACUUCUCCCACAUCUUGCUGCACUUCAGUCUAUGGUAAAUUUUGUGAAUUGCUUUUAUAUUCUCACUAAGAAGAGUGAUGCUGAGACAUGCUGAGACAAGAAUUGUCUUGGCUUCCUCUCCUUAAGUAAAGAGGAUUUUUGCCAGGGAAAUAUAUACAGGUAAUUCACAAUUUUGAGGGGCAUUUUUGUAAUGUUUUCAUAAAUUUGCAUAUAUAUAUAUAUAUAUAUAUAUAUAUAUAUAUAUAUAUAUAUAUAUAUAUAUAUAUAUAUAUAUAUAUAUAUAUAUAUAUAUAUAUAUCAUACACCACAUAUUAUGUAUUAUACAUAGGAUACUUGAAAGUAUUUUGAAAUAUAUAUGAUAACCAAAAUACUUGUAAGAUUAUGACUUGAGGAAAUUGUAAUUUACAUUUUACCAAGUUUUCAUGAAAAACCUGUCAUUGAAAAAUCAUCUGUCAACAUCUGUCCCCAGUUAUUAAUAUUAACAAGGACAAUGGAAUAGUAAUAGGGCUCAUUACUACCAACAGUAUCAGUGAAGACUAUGUCUGAUAGGUAUUACAAAUAAUUGUAACCAAAAAAUGUGUUAUUACAUUUGUGUUCUUGAAUAUUUUGCUGUCAUUAAUCUUGCUUAAAGACAACACAUAUUGACUGUAACUGACUUAAGUAACAGACUCAUCCAUAGAACAAUUGAGUCUCAUCAGUGUAAGCUAUCAAUUAUUAUCAAUAUUGAGAUAAAUGGCCUUUUUAUAGUAAGAAUAAUUUACAUGAUGGUAUUGAACUAACUGUAGUAAUUUAGUGACUGAAUCAUUCUUGUCACUUUGAUAGUCACAUAAGUUUUUUUUUUUUUUUUUUUUUUUUUUUUUUUUUUUUUUUU